AGAAGAAGGGAGAACCGUCGUGCCCAAAGAGAUUCCGAUAAGAGCGAGAGAAUGCAGCUCGCCACACCACACAACAUCUCCCUAGUCCUGCCCUUUCCCUCUCGCCUUCCUCCUUCUCUUCACUCCCUGAUUUUCCCCAAACGAUUACGCUCUCUUUCAUAUUCUUCUCAGACGUCGCUUCUCCCGGAUGCCGGAGAUGAUUUCAUCGUCGGCGACUGUCUCGUCUACGAGGACGGCAUCUUCGAAGACCCUUACCUUGAAGAGCAGGUCAGUCUCGUUGCUCGUGACGCGAUCCAGGUGCGGCGGGGCAGGGCCAAGAGAAUAGUUGAAUCCGAGAUUGAGACAGAGAACCUGGUGCCGGAUGAAUGGAGGGAUAUUCAGGCGGAGGUGAACCUGACGAAGAAGGACAAGCGGAAGAUAGCGCAGGAGCUGGAGUUCGGGGUUCGGGUGGAGAAGAAGAGACAAGGUCUAAUUCCUCUGAGGAGCGUCGACUUGAAGGAGUAUCUGACGUACAAGGAAGCCAAGUUGCAGAAACUGAAACCUGUGAUUCUCGAUAAACCGAGCAAUUUCUCCGAAGAUGGAGGUGGGGAGACCGGUGUAGCAUCUUCGAGCGAGCGAGUAGCUCCGAAGAACCCUAGAUGGGCAGUCUACGGCAAGGGAUUCGACCACGUUACCAAGUUCUUCAAUAGCGACAAGUACGAUCCCAGUGGGAAGAAAACGGAGGGCCCUCGGAAACUGCUUUCAAAAGAAGAGAAAUUUAUGCUCAAUAGCCGAAUUCCCAACCUAGCAGUUGCCACCUCCAAAAAGUGGCUUCCUCUCCACACACUGGCAGCAACGGGGGAGUUUUAUCUGCUUGACUCCUUGCUGAAGCACAACCUUGACAUCAAUGCAACCGACGUGGGCGGCAUGACAGCACUUCACCGAGCCAUAAUUGGUAAAAAGCAGGCUAUUACAAACUACCUGCUGAGGGAAUCGGCAAACCCGUUUGUUCUUGAUGAUGAAGGUGCAACCUUGAUGCACUAUGCUGUGCAAACAGCAUCAGCUCCCACGAUAAAACUUCUCCUGCUGUACAACGCUGAUUUAAACGCUCAAGACAGGGAUGGCUGGACGCCCCUGCACGUUGCAGUACAGGCCAGAAGAAGCGACAUUGUGAAACUUCUUUUGAUAAAAGGGGCGGACAUACAAGAUGGGCUAACCCCGCUCGGCCUUUGCCUCUACCUUGGAAGAGAGACAAGGACGUAUGAGGUGAUGAAGAUGCUCAAAGAGUUUCCCCGUAGCAGAUGA